AUGGAUCUUGAUCGGAUUUUGAAUGAUCGUAUUGAUGGGCUUGAAAUUGCCUUCGAAAGGACGAAAGCAUGGAGCACUUACUCAAAAGACCUGCUUUCCUACAUUCGAUCUCGCCUUCAACUCGAGCAAGAUCAUGCUCGUCGUGUCACUGCUUUAGUGGAAGCAUGCCGGAGAGAUAUCGCCAAGCCCUUCAUGCCUCUUCGGGAUGUGUUUGAAAGUAGCUUUGAUAGCGACAUCGACCUCGUUGGCAGGACCAAGGAGACUACAGAUCAUCUAAAAUCUCGAGUUGUUGAGGCUCUUGAUGCUAGGCGAAAAGAGCACGACAUUCAGCGAGGUGCUUUGAAAUUAGAAUGGCAAAAGCUGACAAAAUCAUUGUGUCCCGGCAGAUUUGAG